AUGGAAUUAUAUAAAAAUGAUUUAUAUCAACAUACUAUUUUUGAUUUUGCUGAAAUUGCUUUACUUAUUAUUAUUGUUUUUAUUGGAACAUAUAUGAAUAUUAAAGGUCAUCUUUAUCAUUAUCAUGUUAGACAAUUAUCAACAUCUAGAGGUAAAGUUAAUGGUAGAUGGAGUAGUCAAUUAGGUAAUGGAAAUUUUACAAUUUUUAUGAUACAUCUUUCAAUUACUGACUUUUUUAUUAUGUAUGCACAUGGACUUAUUGAAGCUAUAUGGAUUUACACAAAAAGUUGGGAAUUUGGUAAUAUUUUUUGCAAAAUUUUCAAAUAUUUUUCAACAUUUUCAUAUUAUGCUAAUGCAUACAUGGUAACUAUGAUUGGAAUGGAUAGGCUUAUCUCAGUUUACACAAGAUAUAAUCAAAAAUCAACAUCUUUAUUGAGAAAAUAUUUAAUGAGUGCUUCAGCCUGGAUGGUAGGAGGUAUCUUAGCUAUGCCGCAAAUUUUUAUCUGGCAAACAUAUGAACCUUAUAAAUAUUACACUCAAUGUGUAACAAUUUUUGCAAUUGCUGAACAUGAAAAUAUCACUCAAAUAGAUGGGUAUAAAAUAAAAAAAUUAAAAUAUAUAUAUGAAUUAUAUCAUCAAAUAUUUGUUAACUGGUUUCCAUUUGUUGUCCUUUUAAUUACCUAUAUUUUAAUACUUGGAAAGAUAAUGAAAGUAUCUUUUAAUACAUUAGAAAGAUUACUACCACAAUUUAUAAAUAAAAAAAAGAUUAUUGAACAAUCUAAUAAAGAAAGUAAGAGUGGAAUAAAUGAAUAUUUAUCUAAUGGUACAUCAGCUUCUGGUUGUGAUUUUUCAUUAGAUUUUAAAAAUAAUGAUAAAAUUAAUAAUAAAUAUAAAAUGAUUAAAAAAAAAAGUGAUUGUGAAAAAAAGUCAAUUGAGAUGAAAAAUAUGGAUGAAUCAAUUCCAUUUAUCAAUUAUAAUAAAAAACUAACAUUAAUACCUAAAAUAAAAAUAGAAGAAAGCUUGUCAAAUAAUUUUGAAUCUGAAAAUAAAUUUUCAUUUUCUAGUCUUGAGAUACAAAAUGUCUCAGAUACCUCAAUUCGUAAUGCAAUCAAUUCAGAGACAUCAUUAACAGAUUUUGCUAUUUUAAGAUCACCUACUAAUAAUAAAAAAUAUUUUAUCCCAUUUUGGAGAAGAAAAUGGCAUUUUAAAAUUUUUACAACAGCUAUACUUAUUGUUUGUGUACACUUUUUGAUAUGGCUUCCAUACUCAACUAUUAGUAUUAUACGAUUUUUUGAUGAAGAAUUAUAUAAUUAUUUAUCACCUAAUAUAGGAAGAUUUUGUGAAACAUUAAUAUUAAUUAAUUCAAUAAUUAAUCCUAUCAUAUAUCAACUUAAUAAAUAA